AGUCUCAAAAUUAUCCAUGAAAACGUCUCUCACAGAUUUCAACCAAUCGUAUCACGAAUAAAUUUCUACAUAAUAUGGCGGGAAAAUGAAACCCAAUAUUGCGGGAAAUUGAAAAGGAGAAUUAAAAGCGUCGAAAAGGAACUAACACACGAAGUACAGAUGACUAACAUGGAAACAAGGCAUCACCUCAAACGGCGUUGUCAGUCCUCGCCAAGGAAAUCUGCAAGAAUAGGCCUUGACUUUGGAGAAAGUCCAUCUCCCAAGAAAAGGAGGGUUGAAGUUAAACCAAGCAAGAAGGCAGAUGUUGAUUCAUUCACUACUCGCACCUUCUAUGGGAAAAGAGAGAAAACGCAUUUUCCCCACUCACCUAAACGACGAAGAGCCGUUGACAAGGUUUUAGAAAAGUUGUCAGAUGAAAAUACAGAUCCAGAUAGUGAUAUGAUAAAUAAACAGGCAACAAAAGCUCAUUUUGACUUUCAUUCGUCUGGUUCAGCAGAGAGCGACACUGAUCAGAAUCACUCAGUUUUAAAACAGAGACAUCAAAAACAGUCUGCCAGUACUAAGAAAGUACCUCUAAAUGUUACAUCAGUGAAAAAAACUGCUCAGAACAGAAAAAGCUUAUUACCGAACUCUACUGGCAAAUUACCAGAUAAUCGUUCUGUGGACCCACAGACACCAGUGUAUAAUGGCAAACGAUUUUUUAAAACCAGAACACCCGGGUCUGCUGAUCGAUCAUUUGGAAGAAUGGUGAUACAAAAAGGAUUUGACAUAAAGUUUAUUGCCAAAAGAGGCACUUCCAAAUCUUUAACUCCAAAAUUGGACAAAAAAACAGGAAAUACUUUUAAAAGUGCCUCCAAAACAAAAUCAGUUGAGAAAGUGAAGGCUUCAGAAGCACAUCCCUUUAUGAAAUACUCGCCUUUAAAGACUGAUGGCACAGAGGCCGGUGAGGAGGUUGAUAAUCCUGCCCAGGACAAGGAAAACAUCACUGUAUUAAGCAAACAAGCUGCAGAUAAGGCUGAUUCUGGUGUGGACACGGCCAAUUCUGCCGAUAUGAUCAGUUCUCAUGAGAUAGACACGGGAAUAAAUAACAGUAUCAGCACCGACUCUGAACAGGAUGUUGGUAACAUUUUUGAAGAUGACGAUGAUGGGAGUAUCUCGUUGAUUUCCACCAAUUUCUACAAUGAAGACUGCAUGGCAGGUAGUGAAGAUCUGUUCUCUACUCCAGGGAGCAUCAUGAAGAAUAACUCUGAAGAUAACAGGAGUGAUGUUGACCAAAUGUCAGAUACUGGCUUGAACACAGAGUCUCCUUCCAUGUCUGAAAUUACUCCUGUGUAUUCCAAAACAAACAGUCCUGCAAAAAAACUGUCAGGGAAUUCCAAAUCAAGUCCAAGGCUUUUCCCGAUUUUCAUGAAAGCAGCAAGCGCAUCACAAAAUUCUAGUCAAUCAAAUAAUCUGAGAGCGAGCACAUCUCCAGGAAGCAGCAGGAGCUCCCCGGGAUCUGGUGUGAACACGCCCCUGCUCAGAUAUGUACGCAGCAAGGACACUAUGGAACAAAUGACCAUUGAUGCGGGUCAGGUGCGCCGGUAUGGGGCGACCCAGUGUGAGGUGUGUGGUAUGGUGUACACCCAGUCUGAGCCUGCAGACGAGACCAUGCACCUCAAGUUCCACCAGAGCCUCCUCAAUGUCCUCAAGUUCCCGGGAUGGAAGAAAGAGAGAACAGUACAGGAGUAUCUGGAGACAGGAUCUCGGGUCAUCGUGGUCAAGGCAGAGGAUCCAAAAUACGCUAAAAAGAAGGUAGAGGACAUCCUGAAGGUGAUGGGUCAGGAACUGGGCUAUGCAGAGGCCAGCAUGGGCUUCAAGGAAGAUCACAUGGCGUUCCUCUACAUAUCUGACAACAGGAAGGUGGAGGGUUGCUGUGUGUGCCAGCCUAUCCAAGAGGGCUACCGGGUGAUUGUGGAGUCCCAGGCCUCCUCUGGCAGCCAUCAGUCAGCCCAGCGCCCCUGGUACUGCAGUGAGACCCCUGAGCGCGCCAUGCUUGGGGUCAGCCGUAUCUGGGUCCAUAGUCAGGCACGCAGGAAAGGCAUUGCAACCAAACUGCUCGACUGUGUUCGCCAAUGGUCCAUGUAUGGCACACAAAUACCCAAGAGCAUGCUGGCGUUCUCAGAUCCCACCAACGAUGGCAAAGUGCUUGCCACCAAGUACACUGGCACUUCCAAGUUCCUCGUCUAUAAGUACCAAUAAGUAAUCCAGCCUUGGCUUAGAACAAUGUUUGAAGAGACGUAAUUGGCUGUAUACUGACUUAAACAAAAUGUGUGAUGAUAGUUUUUUCAAAAUGUCACAUUUGCAAUUGCUCGAUUGAUUUGUUGAAAUUUCGAAACUGAACUGGUUCAGCCUUGGUAUAUUCCAUGUUUGUCUUAAUGUGUAAUGUUUAAAAAAAACAUAGGAUGUAUUAUUACAGAAUAACACAUGGGAUAACAGUUGAUAUGGUUAUUUUUUGCUUUCAGACUAUUUUAUUUGUAUUGGCUGUAUUUUUUUAAUAAAGCCUUUUGGUUGUGAACCUACAAUUAAUUGGAAAAUCUGUUUAUGUAUGGGUGGUAAACAAACGACAACAAUAUCAUAUUUUAAGAAUGUUUGCAUAAUCGUUAUUACAUGUAUUAAGCUGGCCUUAGGCUUGCUUCUGUAUUCACUUACUGAACAUUAUUGAUGAAAUAUUGUAGGAUUUUACAACUUGUGUCAGCUCCUGUAAGGUUUUCUUUUCAGUUGUGUAGAUUGAUUAUUUACCCAAAUCAUGAAAAUUAAUGUCUGAGAUAGUCUAUUUACACUUUAAUUGGUGCCUGGGUAUAACCUUGGUAAAUGUUUGUUCCAAAAUAAAUAGAACUAUACUUACGCUUUCUGGGUCAUUUAAAGGGCUACUUACCAUUGCCUAUAUACCUGCCAAGUAGCAGAAUAUUUUUCUGUUCUUUGAAUUUUUAGGUUUAUUAUUAAGUUUAUUAUCUACUUCAUUUACUCAAUUAAUUCUUCUUCAGGGUUUGUAUAAGGUCUCUGGCCAAGGCCCUUAACUCUGGAAAGAUGUUGCAAAGAAUGCCUAUGUCCGUCUGCAGCAUUUAGCUGGUAGACACUCUGAAGCCUCAAAUGUUUGUGAAACUUGGUCAGAACAUUCAUCUCAAUGAUAUCACCACAGAGUUGAAACCAGUUUUACUCCGUGCCUGGCUGUGGGGCCAGUAGACUGAUAUGGCUGGUCUCAUUUUACCCAGCCGUCACAAAAUUUGGUUAAAACAUUUGAAUAUCUUGACCAAGUUGGCAAAUGUUACCACUAUUUAAAAGCAGGGAAUGGCUCUGUCCUUAUAUGUUGUCAAACACUGCAUUUUAACCAAACAUCUUGUUAAAAACAUUUGUUAGUUUUUUUCUUGACAUCCGGUAAAAGGCAUUUUCAAUUGUUUAAUGUCAAAUAAUUACAUGUAUUAUUAACUACCAUUUCAAUAUUGUAUGCUCAUUUUGAAGGUGCAUGAUGAGCAGCCCAGGGCCCUCUUGUAUAUGUAAACGUGCGUGCUUUUAAUCAAUAUGGAUACGUUGGUUUGCAAGCCUCGUGUGAAGAUUGAAUUAUAUAUUUAUUAAUCUAUAAAGAUAGAUUCAGUACUUUGUUUUUGCUAAUUUGUAUUUGUUUUGAUAUCAAAUAAAAUUUGAAAUGUA